CAUUGCCCCAGAAACAGACUGCAGCCACACCAACAUCAAAACGCAUGAAGAUCAACACCGACAGCCAAGAAAAGGUUCAGAAUUAAUUAAUUACGGGACAAACACGCCCAAAUGCUCAGAAUUACUUCAAAUUAUUUCUAGCACCAAAUCGCCAGCCACAAAUCUGUCUUUUUUGAACAAUACUCCUUCAGAUUGAGAAGAACAGAUGUCACGCGCAAGGGACUGCUCUGACAUUCCAACUGUUGCUCAUUCAAUCUGCCCUGCUGAAGUUCGCCUUGCUUUAAUGCGUACGGAGUAGUAACGAACCUUCUGGUCAGCUACUGACGUGUCAUGCAUGCUCUAAACUAAGGACUGAUGGGCGUUGGUGUGCUAUCCACAUUCUUCAACAAGCUUGGACAAGGAAUCCAAGACAUAUUGAUUGAGGGGUAAUUCUGGACAUGGCAAACUCUCAAAAAUGCACUAGAAGGUCCUGUCAUGACUGGUCCAUGGAGAAAAUUGGGUGAAGGGCUAUUUCCGAAAUUGCUUUGAAGUUCAGCGUCUAAUGUUUACAGAUGCUUCAGUGUAUGCUCACUUCAUGGUCUAUCCAGGCAAGCAGGGUAUACAAGUCACUUGAGAAUGGCAAAUCAUUGUAUAGGGUCAAAGAGAUUCCUGGAUGGUCCUGUUAUUUCUUCUCUACGUAUUUCUACCAAGAGCCUUCAACAUCAGAACCCAAUGUGCCGUACCAUUCACCAAGUCUCUCACAGCCGACAAGGUCUCGAAUUGCUGCAAGAGUGCAUCUAGUAAAAGUACCCGAUGAUCUUGCCAGAGACGUGCUUGCGACGAGCCUGGUCAUGAUCCAUGAUACCAGCGGAAGUGGUGAGGACGAGGUGACCGAACUGACGGGCAGGGAGAAGUUGCCAAAAUAAAUUCGCGAAGGAGAGUUUAGUUACCACUGAGUUUAGACAGAACCUGCCUGAAUCUUUUUAUCAUAUUACAUAGAACAAAGUUCUUGCGUUUAUUGCUUCGCCAGACCAGGAACCAGAC